AUGUUUAUUUUAAAAUGUAAGAGAGAUGAUUCUGUUUGUAAAGUUGAUGAUAGUGAGGUUAUCUAUAAUGAAGAUAGCCCGCCAAAAGAUGGUGAAGACGUAAAAUUUUACUACGGUGACAAACAAGAACUUGGACAAGUGAUUAUGAUGUCUGACUAUAUAAAAAAAAUUAAUACAAAGUUUGAGCAAAUUAAACAAAGUUUAAUGAAAAGAACGCGUCCAAGCUCAUCUCCAAAAAUUGAAAAGGAAUCUGUUUCAACAAAAAGGACAAGGAAAAUAAAUUCCAAGUAUACCUCAUUAUCUUUUGAAAAUAUGGACCUUUUAAAGCUUCCGAAAGUCCGUAAAUCCGAAAAAAAAGAAAUUAAGGAUGAUAAUAGAAAAAAAGAUUGCGGAAGUAGCCCUUCCAAAGAUGAAUUAAAAAAACAACUGGCGAAAUUGCAGAAAGAAAUCAAAAACUCUAAAAAAUCCGAUGUAACAACAGAACAAUUAGACGACGAUAUUGCAUUCACUUCUCACACUGAAUUCAAAAAAAAAAAUUAUAAUACCGACUUUAAUUCUGCUACUGAAAGUGAUACAGAUGAUAGCUUAUCAAAUGUCAAUGAUCAAAAGUCGAGUGAUGUGCUAGAGACUAGUGAAAAUGAUGAGAGUCGUCAUGAGUCAAAAAUAUUAAAAGGUGGCACUAAUAAUAAGGAAAACAAUGCUCACAAUAUUACAGCCGACAAGACAAGUCCGGAUGAGGAGACUACCGAAAAAAUUAUUGAUGAUUGCAACGACUCUGAUCUUUGGGGUAAAGAUUGGCCUGGAGAACCCAUGUGCAAAUUAAUGAACAAAAUAUACUGCAAAGAAACAGAGUAUAGAAUGUGCAAAUCACUGUGCAACCAAGCUUCUCACGUUGUCCGGAGAUUGAUCCCAGAAGUUUUUAAGCCAAGUGGUUAUUUGACUGCUACGCUGACUGGACAAGCUCCUAGAGCUCACGUACAAGAAGGAAAAUUAGCACCAAUGAAAGCAUUAAAUUCUGUAGCAAAAAAUGAGAUUAUUGACUUCGCUCUGGCUUUAGCUAAGAAUAAGAAAUGGAUGACUCCAAAAGGUGUUCCUCAAACUAGAGAGCAACUAGCAAGUGUUAUGUCUCAACGAAUUGGGGAGUUAAAAAGAGCUGAUCACUACUGCUUUCUUUGGUGUAUCGUUGCGGCUCUAUAUCCAGUUAAAGCACACAGAAAUUUACCAUCAUCUUAUCCAUAUCCCAGCUCAGUAUUGGAUCAUACAGGAAUAACAUUUCCAAUAGAAUUAAAAGACAUACCAUCAUUUGAAAAAAUGAAUGAUUUGAGGAUCAAAGUGUACGGUAUAGAGCCAAAACAAAAUGAAGAAGAUCCUAGUGUCAUUGUCCCUCUCUACUUGAGUUCAAAUCUUGAGUGUCAGAAAGAUGCUAUUCAUUUGCUCAUGAUCGAAACAAACUUGACAUUAAACAAAGAUGAUAGUAUUGAAAAUCACAGACCUAUAUUUCAUUUUGCGUGGAUACGAAAUCUUUCAAGAUUAGUAGGAAAUACUGUUAAAAAGGGGCAUUGGAAGGUAUUCUUCUGUGAUCGUUGUCUUUGUCAUUUCAACAAGAGGCAUCAUUCCAGAGACAUUAGUCUGAUUGUCUCCAGUAUAACAAAGUCAGAAUGA